AUGGAUAGAAAGAGCGAGCCCGCAUCAUCCGGAAUCCAUUCCACUGCAGCAAAGAGCGCUCCCUUUGAGCCGGGACAUGAACAUGUGGAUUUGGUCCAAGCUCCGGUCCAUGAUGAGUUCAAGCUUCCACCACGCGAAGACUCCCGUGAGGUGGUCGAGAUGGACCCGAAUGACCAGAUUCAUCGUAGCAUCAUCCCUCACCUACACGUUAAGGAGGUAUUUCAGGAAGUGGAGCACGAAGUCCACAAGAAGAGGUAUGUCAAGGAGCCGAGGGUUCAAGUACUCCAUCGAAAGCUAGCGAUUGAGAAGGAAGUGAAGCGGCACGAGAAGGUGGAGGUGCCUCAGUUGUGCGUGGUGGAUAAGAUUACUGAGAAGUACGUCGACUUGGAAAAAGAGAGGGUGAUUCAGAAGCCUCAGUACGUCAUUCAGGAACGUCUGGUACCGCUGCCGCGUCGCAAGUUCGAGGAGACGACGGUUCGAAUCCCCAAGGAGGAUUACGAGCAGAUGGUCAACCAGAACCUGGACAACCUGGCUUUCCCGGGCAACGCAUCGAACUUGCGGCCGGAUGAGGGGUACUUCGACUACCAAACUGGUCAGUGGAGCGCGCACCCGGGAAUGCCGGAUCUUAUUCCGGACGAGUUCAAGGACAUCAGCGGUCUGAUAACGUCCGAUUCGCCUGGCUUUCUCAACAUGGACCAUCCCGAAGGGGUCCCGGCAAACGUGCGUUAUGUGCCCCAGCCGGUCGAGAUCCCGGUGGUGCAUUACCGCCCGGUACCUGUGGAACGUCUGGUGGAUCGCAACGUACCAGUGCCCGUGGAGCUCCGAGUCACACAAGAGUUCAAUGUGCCCUCACUCUUCCCCGUUUGGAACGAAUCACCGGUACCCAUUCACGUUAACCGCUUCAUUGAGAAACCGGUUCCCGCUGACUGCUUCGUCAAUAGGGCCAUGCUCUCUGCCUAUAUGGCUGCUACCAAGAACAUCGACCGCGCCGCCACCGAUCAGGCCGCCAAGGGACCAGGCAUGUUCGACGGCUGCUGUAACAAACCACAAAAUCCUAUCCGUGUUAAAAUGAGCGACGCAGAACGUAUGGCCGCAAAUCUCACCGAAGAUGACGUCGACCACCUCAAGUCCUUCAAUAGCAGAGGCUUCUCCAUCGGAGGUCCCGGCUUCAACCGAUCUGAAAGUCGAGCUUUCCUUGCCAACCAAUUCACAAUUCGACCAGAUGAAGAAAGACCCGACGAAGAAAGACCAGGCCAAUGA